AUGUCUCCUCCAGCUGCAACAUCCGAUGUAGUGGCGCGUUCAGCCACUACUAUCGCCAAAAUUAACAAGGGGCUCACGGUCAAUAGAUGUCCUACAGCUACCGGCACUAUCUUAGAUGAAUUUACCGGGAAAUGGGACGAAUUCAAGUUCGGCCCUAUCCGCGAGAGCCAAGUCUCUCGCGCAAUGACGCGCCGCUACUUCAAGGACUUGGAUACUUACGCUGAAAGCGACAUCGUCAUCGUUGGUGCAGGAUCUUGCGGCCUUAGCACCGCAUAUGUCUUGGGCAAGGCUCGCCCUGACUUGAAAAUCGCCAUUAUCGAGGCUUCCGUCUCCCCUGGUGGUGGUGCAUGGCUCGGUGGCCAGCUGUUCUCUGCCAUGGUCCUCCGCAAACCGGCGGAUCGCUUCCUCGAUGACCUGGGAAUUCCGUAUGAGCAAGAGCCCUCCAACCCGAACCUGGUGGUGAUCGAGCACGCCGCGCUCUUCACCUCCACCUUGCUCUCCAAAGUCCUCUCAUUCCCGAACAUCAAGCUGUUUAACGCCACCUGCGUUGAGGACCUGGUCACCCGCCCAGCACCACUGUCCGGCGACCCGGAGAAACUCCGCAUUGCUGGCGUUGUGACCAACUGGACACUUGUGACUCUCCACCAUGACGACCAUUCAUGCAUGGACCCCAACACCAUCAACGCGCCGGUGGUCAUUAGUACUACCGGCCAUGAUGGACCGUUCGGUGCCUUCUGCGCUAAGCGUCUAGUAUCCAUGUCUGCGAUUGAGAAACUCGGUGGCAUGCGUGGGCUUGAUAUGAAUUCAGCUGAAGAGGCGAUCGUGAAAAAUACCCGGGAGGUGGUGAAGGGAUUGAUAAUUGGGGGUAUGGAGCUGAGUGAAAUUGACGGGUGGCAUCGGAUGGGGCCUAUUUUUUCGGCGAUGAUGCUUAGCGGGGUGCGAGCUGCGGAGGUUGCAUUGGAGAUUUUUGAGGAGAGGAAGAGGGAGUGUGCAGAGUAG